AUGCGGCUAUUUGCUACCGGUCGAGCCCUGCGCGCCAGCAGCGGGCGCUGGUCCAUUUCCGCGGCUCGUCCGAGAAUCCCCAUUCUCCGAACACACCCAGCUGUCACUCGCGACUGGAGCUCAACAUCGGCUCGACGGACCGCUGAUCAGAGCUCCAGUGCUGGCCAGCCCAAAAAAGCACCGAACGCACGAUCAGCUCUUAAAAUUGAAGGCGACAGCUACCAGACUGACCAAUGGACUAAUACUCCUGAUACAAUCCUUUCCCAUGUGGGACGACGUCUGUACCUCGAUGAGAACCAUCCCCUCGCCAUCACACGCAAGCUCAUCGAGAGCCAGUUCCCUGCGCCGGUGUUUGGUAACUACUUUGAAAAGAACCCCGUCGUCACAACUCGACAGAAUUUCGAUGUUCUGGGCUUCCCACCAGACCACCCGGGUCGCAGUCGCACCGAUACCUACUACAUCAACGACAAGACGGUGCUGCGCACCCAUACGAGCGCACACCAGCAGGCAUAUUUCCAGCAAAUCAACCGCAAUGAGAAGAUUCGCCCCGAGGAAGUUGGAUAUACCGUGAUUGCCGAUGUCUACCGACGCGAUGCGAUUGACCGGAGCCACUACCCGGUCUUCCACCAGAUGGAGGGAGCUAUGCUGUGGAAGCGGCCGGACCAGAACCCGCUGGAGGCCUCCAAAGAAACCGCAGCCAGGAUCAAUGCGGACGUGCAUUUGAUCCCGCGCCAUGACGUUCCAGUCGAAGACCCCAACCCAACGCUUCACCCUCAGCGCAACCCGUUGCAGGCGGAGCACCAUAGCGAGGAGGAGGUUGAGGCUAUUGCGGCGCAUCUGAAGCGGUCGCUGGAGCGUAUGGUUAUCAAAGUUUUUACUGAAGGGAGCAAGGCUGCUGCUGCAAGCUCUGGCGGUAACGUUGACCCCGAGCCUCUCAAGGUGCGCUGGGUGGAGGCAUACUUCCCCUUCACCAGCCCCUCAUGGGAGCUGGAAGUUUUCUGGCAAGGUGACUGGCUGGAGAUUCUCGGAUGCGGUGUCAUCAAGCAAGACCUCCUGAUCAACUCGGACGUUCCUAACCGUGUCGGCUGGGCCUUUGGCCUAGGCAUUGAGCGCAUUGCCAUGCUCCUCUUCAACAUCCCCGAUAUCCGCCUCUUCUGGUCUCGUGAUGAGCGCUUCCUGUCCCAAUUCCGUGCCGGCCACAUCACCCGCUUCGAGCCUUUCUCCAAACACCCAGCCUGCUACAAGGAUGUUGCUUUCUGGCUACCUCCAGCCGCUGUCACUGGCGGAAGUAGUGCAGCAGGUGGUGCCGUGCCCUUCCACGAGAACGAUGUGAUGGAAAUCGUCCGUGGCAUUGGUGGUGAUCUUGUCGAGGAUGUGUCUCUGAUUGAUGAGUUUACACACCCGAAGUCUGGACGGAAGAGCAUGUGUUACCGCAUCAACUAUCGUAGUCUGGAGCGGACUCUGACUAAUGAGGAAGCUAAUGAGAUGCAUGAGAAGGUGCGAGCUCAGCUUGUUGAUGACUUUGGAGUGGAAUUGCGGUGA